AAUUUCAUUCCCUGCGGCAACUCUGCGUUUGGCGAUAUUCAUUGCUGUCAAGCUGGCGAUAACUGCCUCGAGAACAAUGCCUGCUAUAACGGCCGGCAUGGGACGACUUACCUGGCCGGGUGCACCGACUUCGACUAUGAGGACCCCAGCUGCCCGGACAAGAAGUCGUAUCAAGGUAUGACACUCAUCUUUUUCUUUCCUUUUCUUAUCUUCACUGUUACCCGAUUUGGCCGGGGCCACAAAGCUGACAACUCAUUCCAGAGUACCCAUGGGCUGGCUUGAUCUACUGUAGGCCCAACCGAUGGUUGGCAUCUCCCUUCCUCAGCAGUCGCUUUUUGCGCCGAGCUAGCUAAUGCCGAAAUAACAAUGAUCCAGGGUAGCUUGCGAGGAGGCGGCCAAGCCGACGACCAUCACCGUAGGCGAUAAGUGUACCUGCCCGCCAGACUCUGAGUCCAUGACGGUUGCUUUCACGGCCGCGGGAUCCAUCCCAGGUAUCGCCAGUCUGCCGACGACCUCAGGCGGGACAAUCGAGUGGUUUGUGGGCCAUGUACCGACCACGACACCGCGGCCGACCGCUUCAUCUUCCUCCUCCUCCGAAACCACCGACUCUUCCUCGACGAUCACGUCAAGCUCGAACAUGGCACUUCCAACAAGCACUUCUGCCGCAGAUGACAGCAGUUCUUCGCCCCAAACCGGUGGCCUCAGCGACGGUCAAAAAGCAGGCAUUGGCGUCGGCGCCGCGGCAGGCGCCAUCCUCCUACUCGGCGCGAUAUCAGCGCUGUGGGUGGUCCUGCGCCGCCGCAGGAACGACAAGAACAAUACAACGGCCAGCCCGGAAGCCGGACAGAAUGUGGUGCCGACGCAGAGCGGUAAGACUUCAGGGCCGGACAACGGGCCCGGGGCGGUGCCAGCCCGGAUGCCUACACCCGAGGUGCCGCCCAGGCCGCCGGUCUCUGAGCUGCCCGCUGGCCCGUGGGUGAUGCGUCCCGAGCUGCAAAUGGAUGCAACUCCGGCGGCGGCAUACAGUCAGGCGUCGUCUGAAGCUGAAGCUGUAUCCCCGCCUGGGGCUCCGGCGUCCCUUGUUUCUAGCUCCCUUGUGUCUUCUAUGUCACCUGGCUGGCAGGGCUGGAAUCAGGGGUGGGGAGGGGCGAUGGCGGCGUUGUUGCCUGUUGCGGAAGGCGCGGAGCUUGACUAUCAGCAGGACGUUCACUCACAGCAACAGCAUCAGGAUGGGCCUGCGCCGAUUGCGGAGAGACACAAGUUUAGCCGCGAUAUUGCCGUGGAGCUACCGGCAUAAGUAGGAGGCAGGCUAGGGUUCUGGGAACGCCAUUGGGAAU